UCAAUCAGAUCACCGACACAUUCAAUUAUGGUCACUUGUGACUGAAUUAAACUAAGAGAAUAUACCAAUUUUUAUUUGAUUUUAUGUUGUUCGUUAAACAUUUAAAGCGCGCUUAUAAUACGAAAGGGAACGAUUUCUGCAAAACUAGUUUAAGCUGGGUACAGCAGAGAAAUAAGUUUUACACAGGGACCAUUUUUGUAAAAACCAAACGUGGUAAGAUCACGUGAUGGCACGUGAGUAGGUUUCUUCGUCUUCUUCGUUGCUCCGAUCAGAGAAUCGAAUCGCCGACGACGGAGAAAAAAAAAUGGCCUCCUCCGUGGUUUCUCUCUCUCUGACAACGCCAUUGAAAGCGAACUCCUUUAGCAAGUACAAUCUCACUCGGCUGCCUUCUCUACGUCGCAUCUCUUGCUGCUCAACUCGCGAGUUUACUCUCAAAUCGCGUUUGGCUCUUCCUGCUACGUGUAAGCAGCGGCGAAGCGUUGAGCUUUUGACUCGCUGCGGCGUUUCGUCGAACGACUUCCCCGCUGAGAAAGAGAAAAAGAGGAGCUUUGGGGAGUGGGUCGAGUUUCUGGGAGAGGCGGUGUCGACGGCGUUUCCGGUGUGGGUUUCUCUCGGGUGCUUGCUGGGGCUGGUGAAGCCGAGUGCUUUCAAUUGGGUCACUCCUGAUUUGACCAUUAUAGGUCUUACCAUCACGAUGCUGGGGAUGGGGAUGACUUUGACUCUCGAUGAUCUUCGCGGCGCGUUGAAGAUGCCCAAAGAGCUCUUCGCCGGCUUUGUGUUGCAGUACUCGGUCAUGCCAUUAUCAGCAUUUCUAGUGAGCAAACUCUUGAACUUGCCAUCACAUUAUGCAGCCGGUCUCAUAUUGGUUGGUUGCUGUCCAGGCGGUACGGCAAGUAACAUUGUCACUUACAUUGCACGUGGGAAUGUUGCACUAUCGGUGUUGAUGACAGCAGCUAGUACUCUUUCAGCUGUGAUCAUGACGCCGCUUCUUACAGCUAAGCUAGCCAAACAAUACGUCGCAGUAGAUGCUCUUGGAUUAGUAAAGUCAACACUACAGGUGGUUCUUCUCCCAGUGUUGGCUGGUGCGUUUAUGAACCAAUACUUCCAAAGAGUGGUGAAGUUUGUUACUCCUCUCAUGGCUCCAAUCGCGGUUGGAACGGUCGCGAUUCUCUGCGGGACUGCGAUUGGUCAGAACGCCUCUGCCAUACUCGCUUCAGGGAAACAAGUGGUCAUGGCUUGUGUCCUUCUUCACCUCUCUGGAUUUCUCUUUGGCUAUCUGUUCUCGAGGUUACUCAGAAUCGAUGUGGCUUCGUCAAGAACUGUCUCUAUCGAAGUUGGCAUGCAGAACUCGGUGCUUGGACUUGUUCUAGCGGCAGAGCAUUUUGGGAACCCGCUCACUGCAGUACCGUGUGCUGUUUCUAGCGUCUGUCACUCCAUCAUCGGUAGCGUCUUGGCUGGUGUCUGGAGACGCAGUGCUCCAAAACAGCUUGAAGACUGAGUCAGGACCGGUUUAGUUAAGUUUGUUGAACAAAAAAGGUUUGGUCUUGUUGUAGACUUGUGAGUGAUGCGCUUUUUUUGAAAAGGCUAUUAUGUAAUAACAACACAUGUUAAGGGUAAUUUUGGAAAUUUAAAGUCAUCUUCUCCAAA